GGGAUCCCUCCCCCAGAAGGCCCAAGUCCCUGGAGACAGAGUCCCCAAGGCAGGGCUGAUGGACCCGGACAGACAAGCCCAAACGGGGCUCCACACCCUGGACACCCUGCCCCCACCUCGCAUGCCAGCGAGGAGCAACUCCCGCACACCAGGCCCUUGUCUGUCCCCCAUCAGCCCGGGGAGCGAGGCCCGCCUGCUAGUGCCCUUGACCCUGUCACUGCACAGUAUUUCCCGAGGUGUGGGACAGGCAGGGCACCCCUGGUCUGGGCCGUCCAGGGCACCCCUUGUAGAAGAGGACACGGAGGCUGGGAGUUUGCCCUGCCAAACUGGACUCAAGCCCUCAUCUGGGGCCCGGCCCAGCCGCGGCACCCAGUGAGUCCCUGGGUCCAAGUUCCACAGCACCCCCGGGAUGGACCCAGAGAGGCUGCACUGAGGUGGCCCGGACUGUCCCCUGGGAGGCAGGAGACUGCAGGGCGCUAGUGUCUCCACGGGCGCAGCAGCCCGCUGGGGAGUCAGCCAGCCUGGGAGGGGGCAGGGGUGUUAGAUUUCAUGCAAAGAAAGCAAUUCAGGCCUCGGAGCAGCAGCCUUCCCCUCCCGUGCCGGCACAGCCCGCGUGUACAGCUGUGGCCACGGUGUAGCAGCCCCUUGGUGCACUCGGCCCAGGGAAGGGAGCAGCCCGGGAGUGGUCCCUGGGCUGCUCCCUGUCCUCUGACAGCUACGUGGGCCACGCCUCGAUCAACGAAGCAUUGCCAGCACCUGGCCAGGACAGUCCCUGCUGCCCCCGCGGCUGCCCGUCCCGGGCAGCGCUCCCAGGAGCUCCCAGAGCGCUCGCACCCAUGCCGUCCCACAGACAGCCCAGGCUGGGAGAGUGGGGGCUUAGCUCUUCUUUGGCUUACCGUGCCCCCUCGCCCACCCCGUCCGAGACCAACCACUUCUGUCCCCCUCAGCUCUCCCUGGACGCGCUGGGCCCCGAGUGGGACUGCCCACUGGGCUCCAAGGAUGUGGAGGAAGAGGAGGGCCCGUGGGGAGGGGGCUCUGGCCUGCCGCCCACAAGCGGCUUCCCCGGCUCCUGGCGCCAGGACGUGGGCCUGGACUGCAAGGGCUCCCCGGAGGGGGCCGAGGCCCGGGCCUGGACUGUACAUCACUACAGCCUUCUGCAGAGAUGUCUACAGCAAGCUGGGCUCCCGGAGACUCAGGACCGCAGCCAGGUGCCCCGCACAGGUUGCCCCGGGGCCGAGGUGACCUUGUGCAUUCUGGGGUCCCCCUGCACCUUUCUGUCCGUGCUGCUGGAGGGGGGCGUCCAGAGCCCGGGGAACAUGCUCCUUUGCCUGUCCCCUGCUUGGCUGACGAAGGCGCCCGCACCGGGGCAGCCGGGUGAGGCGGCGCUGCUGGUCUCCAAGGCCGUGAGCUUCCACCCGGGGGGCCUGACAUUCCUGGAUGACUUUGUCCCUCCUCGCCGGGCCACCUACUUCCUGGCGGGCCUGGGGCUUGGGCCUGGCCUAGGCCGGGAGGCAGCUGAGCUGGCCCGCAACCUGAGCUGCCCCACAGGCGCGUCCGAGGAGCUGGCCCGGCUGCUGGAGGAUCGGCUGCUGAUGAGACGGUUGCUGGCCCAGCAGGGCACCGUGGCCGUGCCAGCCACCCUGGCUUUCGCCUACAAGCCACCAGGGCUGCUGCGGGGAGGGGCUGCCAGCCCGGGGCUGCGGCUGGUGGAGUUGAGUGGCAAGGAGGGCCAGGAAACCCUGGUGAAAGAGGAAGUGGGCGCUUUUCUGCGCUCCGAGGCCCUGGGCGCUGCCCUGCAGGUGGUCGUGAAGCUCAGCGGCUGGCGCUGGCGGGGGCAGCAGGCUUUGCGCCUGCACCCACGGGCCGAGCCGGGCGCCGUGGUGGACACGGUGCUGGUGCUGCUGGAGAAGCUGGAGGAGGAGGAGAGCGUCCUGGUGGAGGCCGUGUGCCCACCUGCCUGGCUGCCCCUCCCAGGCGGCCCCUCGCAGGGCCCUGAGCUGGCUGUGCGCAUCUGUGCUGUGGUGUGUCGGACCCAGGGGGACAGGCCCCUGCUGAGCAAAGUGGUGUGCGGCGUGGGCCGCGGGGACAGGCCGCCGCGGCACCGCAGCUCCGUGCCCAGGACCCUGGAGGUGGCCCUGGCCCAGUGCGGCCUUGGCGAGGCGGCGCAGGUGGAGGCCGUGAGGCAGCGCGUCCAGGAGGCGGCCGAGGCCGCGAUGGCCGCCGUGCUGGCCCUGGAGGCCGGCCUGAGCGCCGAGCAGCGCGGGGGGCGUCGGGCCCGCACCGACUUCCUCGGCGUGGACUUCGCCCUGACGGUGGCCGGCCGCGCGCUGACCCCCGUGGCCCUGGAGCUGAACGGCUGCCGGUGUCUGGAGGCGUGCGGGGCGCUCGAGGGGCUAUGGGCCGCGCCGCGCCUGGGGCCGGCGGCGGAGGGGCCGGCGGCCGCGCCGCUCGUGGAAACCAUGCUCCGGCGCUCGGCGCGCUACCUCAUGGAGGGCAAGCAGCUGCUGCUCGUGGGCGCCGGCGGCGUCAGCAAGAAGUUCGUGUGGGAGGCGGCGCGCGACUACGGGCUCAAGCUGCACCUGGUGGAAUCGGACCCCAACCACUUUGCGUCCCAGCUGGUGCACACCUUCAUCCACUUUGAUGUGACGGAGCACCGGCGGGACGAGGAGAAUGCACGGCGGCUGGCGGAGCUGGUGCGGGCGCGCGGCCUGCAGCUGGACGGCUGCUUCUCCUACUGGGACGACUGCCUGGUGCUCACGGCCCUGCUGUGCCAGGAGCUGGGUCUGCCCUGCAGCCCCCCGGCCGCCAUGCGCCUGGCCAAGCAGAAGAGCCGCACCCAGCUGCACCUGCUGCGCUGCCGCGGCCCGCCCUGGCCCGCGCCCUCGCUGCACGCCGUGCCCUGCUGCCCGCUGGAGAGCGAGGCCGACGUGGAGAGAGCCGUGCGCCAGGUGCCGCUGCCUGGCGUCAUGAAGCUGGAGUUCGGGGCCGGCGCGGUGGGCGUGCGGCUGGUGGAGGACGCUCCACAGUGCCGGGAGCACUUCUCCAGAAUCGCCCGCGACCUGCAGGCCGAGGCUGACCACCCGGGCAUCGGGCUGGGCUGGGGCAACGCCAUGUUGCUGAUGGAGUUCGUGGAGGGCACUGAGCAUGACGUGGACCUGGUGCUGUUUGGCGGGCGGCUGCUGGCCGCCUUCGUCUCCGACAACGGCCCCACGAGGCUGCCCGGCUUCACGGAGACGGCGGCCUGCAUGCCCACGGGGCUGGCGCCAGAGCAGGAGGCCCAGAUGGUGCAGGCCGCCUUCCGCUGCUGCCUGGGCUGUGGGCUGCUGGACGGGGUCUUCAACGUGGAGCUAAAGCUGACCAGGGUGGGGCCCCGGCUCAUCGAGAUCAACCCCCGCAUGGGCGGCUUCUACCUGCGGGACUGGAUCCUGGAGCUGUACGGUGUGGACUUGCUGCUGGCCGCCGCCAUGGUGGCCUGUGGCCUGCGGCCGGCCGUGCCCCCCCACCCGCGCGCGCGGGGCCACCUCGUGGGCGUCAUGUGCCUGGUGUCCCAGCACCUGCAGACGCUCAGCUCCACCGCCAGCCGCGAGACCCUGCAGGCCCUGCACGACCAGGGCCUGCUGCGCCUGAACCUGCUGGAGGAGGCACUGGUGCCCGGCGAGUACGAGGAGCCCUACUGCAGUGUGGCCUGUGCCGGGGCCAGCCCUGCCGAGGCCCGCCUCCGCCUGCUGGGCCUCUGCCAGGGCCUGGGCAUCGACAGGCCCAACUACCCGGUGGCCCACUUCCUGUCUCACUUCAAAUAGCACUGGGGCCAGGGGGCAGGGACCAAGUGCUGGGGGAGGCGCCCCGAGCCGGGUGCCCCCUGAGGCUCUCCCUGCCUCUCCCUCUAGCCCCCCUCCCCCCAGGGCCCCUUCCCAGCCCCAGCCCGGCCUGCCCUGGGGCCUGCGGGACCCCAAGCCUGCUGGGCUCGAGGGCCACAGAAGCUUGGAGGUGGGGGGCUGCUCGGCCCCCUUGCCCUUCCCAAAGGCCCCAGUGCAGCCCCAGGGUUCUGGCCUUGUAGGUGUGACAGCAGCUGCAUGUGCACGCGCGCGCACACACACACACACACACUGCUGCCACCCCCCCAGCCCUUCCCAGGUGCGAAUGGGCCCAAACCCUGCCUCUCUUCAGCACCCCUCCAGGCCGGCUCCUCCCUGCCACCUGCAGGGAGAGAGCGGUCCCUGGCUUUGGACAAACCCCCGGAAGACCUGAGUUCUAGGAUAGUUCCAAGCUUCUGGCCACAGUGAGCAGUAGAAGCGGGGAGCAGAGGCGGCAGUGCCCGUCUCUCCUCGUGCCCCCGGGCAGACACGGCCGCCCCCAUCCUCCAGGCGAGCAAAUGAGCUCACAAAGGAAACGCAGCUGCCCUACGAUGACACCGCCGCGGGCGGAGGGUCACGGGACACCAGGAACGCCGGGUUUUGCCUUUUACUAAGUCUUAACGUGCAACUCAGCUUCCAGGCGCUGUUACCGCUGUGCCCAAGUCGUGUGAACGCCUCCCUCCGUGCCCCAGGCUCCCUUCCCCCCCCCCCCCCCCCCCCCGCGCCCUGAGCUUCGCUGCUUCGGCCUCUGGCAGAGGCUAUGAGACAUCUGCCCUGAAUUCAGAGCAGGAAGACUGAAGACCUGCGCAGCACGGGGCCCGUGCUCGGCGGCUCACGCCUCCCUUCCCCAAUAAAGGCUGAUGCACUA